AUGAUGAAUCGGGCAGGUCCCUGCAAAGCAGGCUUUCCAGAACCCUUGAGAGAGCUUCUGUCAUCAAACACCAUUAUAAAGGUCGGUGUCGGGGCCAUUCAAGACUCCAAGGAGCUGGAGAGCAAAUUCGCUUCGUUAAAAAUUUCAAAUGUAUUUGAUCUCCAAUCUCUGCUGGAGGCCUUAAAACUCCCAGCCUCAAUUUCCAAAUUUUCCAGGGUUUUUUCUCUUCCCGUUUAUCGCGAAAAGCCGAUCGAUUCCAAAUUGUCUUGGAAGGCGCACCUGAAGCGGAAUUGGGAUUAUGAGCUAAAUCUUGAAGAAAUUAAUUAUGCUUCGAAGGAUGUUUUUGCCGUGCUCUCUGGAUUACGAUCGCUAGGCAUGUCUGUUAACCCGAAUUUUAUGCAGGAAGCGAUCUUGUCCGAUAAGGAGCUAGGAUCUCCCAUCUUUGACAGAUAUGAAGUUUUGCCAGCUUCUAAUCUGGUUGAUAAUAUUAUCAAGCCUGAGGUCGAAAAACAGGCCAAUCCAAAUCUCAUCAACCCUGCAACGCCACAGUCCAGCCCGGGUUGCUAUGACUUCCCCCCCAAUGCAAGCGAGCCAGGCUAUUCACCAUCAAAAAACCAUGAUGCCUUGCUUUCUUCGAUUGACACCUCGGAGCAGCAGUACUUGAUAGAUUUAACUUUUAGUUUGUUAAUGCACAUAUAUAAUUAUCUGAUGAAAAAAUCACUCCCAUUGACCGCUCAAUCUCUGCUUUCAGAGUCUGGCUUGAAGCUUUCCGACGUGUCUUUGAUUGGAAAUACCGACAAUAGCUUUAUAAAGGAGUGGUGGGAUGUUUUUUGGGAUGUCUAUUUAUCUAAAAUAUCGACACCUUCCACUUCAUCGAGUCCAGGAGGUCAGAUUCCAUGA